AAACUCUGUGGGAGGAAAUUUUGAAGGCUCUGAGGUCACUAUGGGGACAUCCAGGAAGGUUAUCGCAGUACUUGGCCCAGGCCGGGCGGAGCUUGUUGAUCGGCCACUGCCGAUGGUGAGAGACAGGUUUAUGUUGGUGAAGCCAGUCGCGAUAGCAUUGAAUCCCACAGACUGGAAACAUGUUGACGCUGGCAUGGUGGGAGCCGUCGUGGGCUGUGACUAUGCCGGCACCGUGGAAGCCAUAGGCAAGGGCGUCAGGAAGAAGUUCAGGAAAGGUGAUAGGGUCUACGGCGUCGUUCAUGGCUGCAACAGACAGGAACCAGACGACGGGGCGUUUGGCAACUACAUCCUUGUCAAAGCAGACGUCCAGUCGCAUAUUCCAGACAAUAUAUCCUUUGAGGAGGCCGCCACUCUUGGUGUAGGCAUCAUCACCGUCUGUCAAGGGCUAUAUCUCGGUCUUGGGUUGGAUCUGCCUACAUCCCCCAGCUUCAGAAGGACUCCGGUGCUGGUAUACGGGGGGAGCACGGCGACUGGCUCGUUGGGCAUCCAAUUUGCAAAACUCCUAGGCGCCGUGGCGGCCUUCGACUACCAUGACUUGGACUGUGGCCUCAAGAUCCGUGAAUUUACCGGCAACAAAUUAAAACUGGCCUGGGACACUAUAUCACUCCCUGUCAGUGCCCGCAUAUGCGCUCAUGCCCUUUCCACCAGUCCCGGAGGUCGAUACUUUGCUCUCCUGCCAGAACCCUGUCCUCGAGACGACGUCGAAUCGAGCUAUACGAUGGCCUACUAUAUGUUUGGCGAGAAAGUUCAGAUGUCAGAAAAUGGCCCAGUGAUACCUCCAGAUCACUCUGGUUUUCGAUAUGCAAAGGAGUUCGUCUCCAUGGCAAACCAACUGCUCGCGGACGGCAAGAUCAAAGUACACCCUCAACAGGUAUGCAGCCGCGGGCUUGCCGGCGCAUUAGAUGGCCUUCAAAUGAUGAGAGAUGGUAAAGUAACCAGGUGCAAGCUGGUAUACCGGGUGGCGGAGACUCCCGGCCUAGAACACGCGGAGACGACAUGA